AUGUCAUCCCUAUUCCAACUCCAGUCCCUCUCCUCCCUCACAGUUUCCUCUUUCCUCCCACCCCUCCCCCUCGUCGGCCUCAUCACCUCCACCAACGCACUCAUCUACGCCUACUGCGAACACAUCUUCCUCAACCCACUAUCCGACCGCAGUGUGCCUCCUGCAACAAUCCGACGCGUUUGGCAAAAAUGCUUUCCACCCGGAUUUGUGCUUGUAGCCACUUCGCGGAUUGGGAGUAUUGCGAGUGGUGUAGCGGGUUAUAGGGCUGCGGACCCGGACUCGGCUGCUGGGACGUUGUAUGCGGCUGCUAUUGCGUUUACGGUUGUGCAUUUUGCAUUCUUGCCUUGGGCACGGGACCAUCUCCUCCCGAUCCUGGACAAGAAUCCUACUAAAGAAUCGGAUGAAAAGAUACACGAAGGCAACAAGAACUUCAUCCGUAUUGAUAUCUAUCGGACGCUUGCUAGCGAGGUGCCUGCUUUCUUGUGCUUUUUGGGCGCUACUUUGGAGUAUUUGAAGCUGUAG